AUGGCCGCAUUGCCCUGGUAUCGGAAGCAGACAGGUUUCACACUUGCUGAGAAGAGCAGGAGAGGGCAGGCUGCAGACCCAGCUCGGCACCUGUGGAGCGGCCUCAUGUUUUUCCACCCCGAGACUCACUCGCCUUCAAGAACAGAUGCCCACCUUCCUGAUUCCCCUGAGAAGAUCUCUCUGGGGCUCAAGGCUUCAAGGCCUUUGUUAAUCUUGGUGUUUUCGAUCAUAAGAAGAAGAUUCUGGGAUUAUGGCCGCAUUGCCCUGGUAUCGGAAGCAGACAGAUUACAGAGAUUGUCAUCAACUUCCUCCUCGGGGAAGCAAGACUUGGAAAGUGAACUGGGAUGCUGCCCCUGGCUGAUGGCCAUCUUCCGUCUACACGAUGACCAGAUCCUGGAGAGGUGUGGAGAGGAUGCCAUCCACUACCUGUCCUUCCAGAGGCACCUCAUCUUCCUGCUGGUGGCAGUCAGUGCCUUGUCCCUGUGCAUUAUCCUGCCCGUGAACCUCUCGGGAGACCUGCUAGACAAAGACCCCUACAGUUUUGGAAGGACAACCAUAGCAAACCUGGAGACCCACAAUGACCUGCUCUGGCUGCAUGCUGUCUUUGCUGUCAUCUACCUCUCCCUCACUGUGGGCUUCAUGCGGCACCACACCCAGUCCAUCAAGUACACAGAGGAGACCCUGGUUAGACGGACUCUGUUUAUCACUGGAAUCCCAAAAAGUGCCAAGAAAGAAGCCUUAGAGAGCUACUUCCAGGACGCAUACCCAACAUGUGAGGUGGCUGACGUCCAGCUGUGCUAUGAUGUGGCCAAGCUGAUCUACCUGUGCGGGGAGAGAAAGAAGACUGAGAAGAGCCUGGCCUACUACACGAGCCUGCAGGAGAGGACUGGCCAGCCAACCUUCAUCAACUCCAAGCCUUGCGGCCAGUUCUGCUGCUGUGAAGUGUGGGGCUGUGAGCAGGAGGACACCAUCGCCUACUACACUCGCCUAUACAACCAGCUGCUAGAGAGGAUCACUGAGGAGGAGUGCCAGGUCCAGGACCAGCCCCUGGGAAUGGCAUUUGUCACCUUCCGAGAGAAGUCCAUGGCCACCUACAUGGCCUCAGGGAAGUCUGGGGCCCUGGCAGUGCUAUCGGACCUGACCACCUCAGCCACAGAACUGCUAGUGCUGUGGACAGAAACCUCUGGACCAUGUCCCCUCUGCAGGAAGAACCUCUCUCUCCAGGGCCUCCGCUGGUGGCUGCAGUGGCUCAGCAUCAACUUCACCCUCUUCGUGGUGCUCUUCUUCCUGACCACACCCUCCAUCAUCAUAUCGACCAUGGACAAGUUCAAUGUCACCAAGCCCAUCCACGCGCUGAACAACCCAGUCAUCAGCCAGUUCUUCCCAACCCUCCUCCUCUGGUCCUUCUCGGCCCUGCUCCCCACCAUAGUCUACUACUCAACGCUGCUGGAGUCUCACUGGACCAAGUCGGGGGAAAACUGGAACAUGAUGACCAAGGUCUACAUAUUCUUGAUCUUCAUGGUGCUGAUCCUGCCCUCCCUUGGCCUCACCAGCCUGGAUUUUUUCUUCCGGUGGCUCUUUGACAACACUUCCUCGGCGGGCUCUAUAAGGUUGGAGUGUGUCUUCCUGCCGGACCAGGGAGCCUUCUUCGUGAACUACGUGAUCGCCUCAGCUUUCAUCGGCAGUGGCAUGGAGCUGCUGCGACUGCCGGGCCUCAUCCUCUACACCUUCCGCAUGGUCAUGGCCAGGACAGCUGCUGACCGCAGGAACAUCAAGCAGAACCAGGCCUACGAGUUCGAGUUUGGAGCCAUGUACGCCUGGAUGCUAUGCGUCUUCACAGUCAUCAUGGCCUACAGCAUCACCUGCCCCAUUAUCGUGCCGUUCGGCCUCAUCUACAUCCUGCUCAAGCACAUGGUGGACCGGCACAACCUCUACUUUGUCUAUCUCCCGGCCAAGCUGGAGAAGAGGCUGCACUUCGCUGCCGUGAACCAGGCCUUGGCUGCGCCCAUCCUCUGCCUCUUCUGGCUCUUCUUUUUCUCCUUUCUGCGCCUGGGUCUGCAGGCCCCUGCCACCCUGUUCACCCUCCUGGCUGUGCUGCUCACCAUCGUGGUCUGCCUGGCGUAUACCUGCUUUGGCUGCUUCCGGCACCUCAGCCCUCUCUACUACAAGACAGAAGAAUCUGCAAGCCAGGAAGGAAGUGAGGCAGAGGCCCAGGAGCCUCCACCACUCACACCCUAUGUGCCCCGGAUCCUGAGUGGUCUGGCCUCGGAGAAGACAGCCCUGUCCUUACAGCACCAGCAGACCUAUGGCACCAUCAGUGAUGUCAGUGGGAUCCUCCCUGACCAGGACAUAGCCUCUGGCCCACAAGACAGUGUGGUUUCUGCCACCAUCUCUGCAGGCCACCUGUGAAGUGGCUGUCUGCAGAACAGACCUGACUUGGCCCUGGAGAGGGGCUGGCCUGCCAGUGGGGCUAUGGUGGAACUGGAACCCCCACUGACCCCCACCCCAGCUCUAAGGCUGAGAAAGUCCCCAGAGUCUGUAUCCAAGAUCAUAUGUUGCAAGUUGUCUCCCAGGUUGGCCCUAUAGACAAUAUUCAUCAUGGGGAGAAAUGUGACAAGGGGAAGACCAAGUGUCUACCUACAGCAGAGCUCAGCACCCACCCAGUCCCACCACAAGCCUGUGUCCUGUUUUCCCAAGGUUUCUGUGGCAGGACCCAGGUACCCUGUCACAGACAG